CUGAUAAAACUACACGGUGGCGGGAAGGGGGGUUUUUCGACGUGGGAAGUGUAUGGGCCGUUGGGCUUUCAUGGUCUGUUUUGGGCCUGAAUGAAUGGGCCGAAACUUGAGGAAGCUUGGUUCCGGCAAAAAUGGCUGGAGCUGGAGAUUGGUGUUGAUGGAAGAAAUCAGAUAUCGGGGCGAAUCGUCGGACGAUGACGGACUGCAAGUUCCUCUUCAGCAACGGCGUCAUUACCUCAUCGCCCGACGUCCCUCCGGUAGCCACUUUACUUCAAUCUCACCCAGGCGCGUACACGACGACGCGGACUCACAGCGACGGCGCGUGUAUCUUGUUCUGGGAGCGGCACUUACGACGGCUGUCAAACUCUGCCCGAAUUCUCCUCUCUAGAGACCCACGGCUUCUCUUCAAGCCGGAGAAAUCGGAGCUUUCCCUUCCACCGUCGUUAGUCGAGUCAUCGGCGUGGGAUUCUGCGGUUGAUUCUCUGGUUAAGGACUCCGUUGACCAGGUGCUGCCGAUUGCGUUGAGAGAAGGUCUGAGGAAGGAAGGUGAGGAGCUGGCGAUCACGGCUCUUGUCAGCGGGAAUGUGGAGAAGCUCAGGGGAAUGGAGAGUGUGAGUGGAUCAGACAGUCUGGCGGAGAUGCUGGAUGUUUAUGUUCACUUGGCCGGCUACGUUCCUCUGGCAUUUGAUCGGCCGGAGGGUGCGGCGAGAUUAGCGGUUGUGGGGCGAGGCAGAAGCGUGGCCGAAGCUAAGUAUUCCGACUGGGUAAGGUUAAGGACGCCGCUGGAGAGAUUGAGGCCUACUUCGGCGACGGAGCUACUGUUGUCUAACGAUGGAGACCAUUUGCUUGAAGGCUGCCUGACAAAUUUCUUUGUGGUUCGUCGCAGGGAAGGGAAAGGAGUUGGUGAAAUUCCUUACGAAGUACAGACAGCCCCCAUUUCUGAUGGUGUUCUUCCAGGAAUAAUCCGUCAACUAGUUCUUGAAGUGUGCUUAAGCAAAGGGAUAUCAGUUCAAGAAGUUGCUCCUUCAUGGUCUGAGCGUGACUUUUGGCAGGAAGCCUUUGUUACAAAUAGCCUGAGGAUCAUGCAACAUGUGGAAAAAAUCCAGUUCCCACAUUCAUGGGAGUCAUUGGAACAUAAAGCUCCGGAGGAGAUCUCGUGGGAGGAAAAGCAGUUUGCGAUGAAUCCUGGGAGGAUAACCGCAAUAAUCCAGAAUGAGGUGAUGAAGAAGGCGUUCGUGGAGGGAUAUCCAAUCUGAACAGUUUGUGCUCUUGCAACCAGCAUAAUGAAAGAAGCCACAAAAACCACUUCCUCAUUGAGGGCCAAAAUUUGGCCUGGAAGAAUGACAAAAUGUGUCAUAUUUCUCACUUUAAAAUCUUUGACUAUAGCACAGUUAGCAAGCAAAUCUUGGUUUAAACAGUAAACCACAUCGGAGGAAAAAGUUUGUGGUAGGAUACUUUGUGAUUAAAUCGUUGUUUAACCUUUCAUACCCAAAAAAAGUCUCAUACCGACUUUGAUUCCAAUAACAGGUUUUUCGGAUUGGACUGUUGGUAUGUUACGGUUUUACCAACACUAAUCAUUGUUUUGAUUACUAGCUUAUACCCCGGCCCUUUGGCCGGAAUGCUCAUAUUUGAUUAUUUGUAUUUUUAUGUUAUUUUUAAGUCUAUUAACCCGUUUAAUCUUAUUGAUAAUCAUUUGAUCGAGAUGAUACAUAAAGAAAUAAUAUAUAGGUCGAAGAUUCGGAGAAAUAUCAUAAUCAUUUAAGAAUAUAAAAUAUAAAAAUGUAUCAUUGACCCCAUUUUCAUAAUGCUAAUUAAGUCCCUGUUAAAAUGCUAUUGGUUAGUUUUCUUUUACAGUUAAGAAAUAUAGAGUAUAAAAGCUCACUGAAAUUCUCACACAACCCAUAGAUAGUUUGAAACUAAAUCUUAAACCUCACAAUCCUAUAUAAAGGGUUCAAUGCUCUCCUUUUAGAAACAAUAUGUCACUAAUCAAAAAGAAAUGGAGAGUUGUUGAUUCAAGUCAUCUAUAUAGUAAAAACUCAGCUAAGAGGGGACCAUCACAACUUGAGAGCAAACGAAAAAAUCAGGGUUAUCUCCAAUAUACGAAUAGACUCGAUCAAAGUAAUAAGGCGCAAAAUUAGACACUCCUUAUCUAUUAGUUCCAGUAGGUUGAAUAAAGAAGCGACCUAUUUCAAACAAUCAAUCAAUGAUUCCUCGUUUUAAGAUAGAAAUAGGUUAUGACAGUUGCAAAAACCAUAAACAUAAAGAUCCAAUAGCCACCACUCUCCGUUGUACAACCAAAUUUCUAUCUCAAGAGACAUAUAUUCAACCAAAAAUUCAAUUUCUAAUCUUCCUUCUACAACUUCAGUUAUUGAUGAACUCCAUUCUAUUCGCCAUGAAUUGAUAUUGGAGUUGAAAUCUUCUACUCGCCCAGCUUAAAAUCCCCAACAAUCAAACCGUAGUGCCAAGAGAUACCUGAAGAUUGAUUUUCAAUGACAGUCUUGUACUGGGAAGUGAAAGGCGCAAACUAUUGCACGAUGGAUGAAAUUUCGGAGGAAGUUAUAAAGAGAAAAGAACAAAGAUAAAAAAACACAAAAUUUAAAUUUAAAUUGAAAAAUGCAAGGAUACAACAGUAGUUACAUAAUUAGUUUCUUCCAUGUUGGCCAAUUACCCAUUUACCUUUAGCAAAAAUUAAGGAGAGAGCGAGAAUUUAAAAUUGAGAAAAUUACAUGAAACUCUACUAUGAAAAUAGAAGUAUCAAGCUCGAUAAAAAUAAAUACGGUAGACUUAGUGAGCUUGCUAAUUAUGAUAAAAAGUCCUCUGAUUUUCAGAGAUUAACUUUGUCUAUUUUUUUAUCAAAAAGAAUGCAAUAAAUUUGUUUAGUGUAACUGGUUGUGAUUGUUAUCUUUGUUUGAAGAGACCCGGGUUCAAACCUUGAUAUUGCUAUUUUUAUAUGAAAUAAAUAAUAAAUGUGUAAAGACAAAAAUGACCUUCCUACUUUCACUCUCGUUGCAGGAAAUUUGAAAUGGAGAAAAGUACACAAAACUCUACCAUAUAUUAAUGGAGGAUUGAUACUGCCAAUAGGGAUGGCAAUGGGUCGGGUUGGGGCGGGUUUUAUCAAACCCAAACCCAUGGGUUUAUUCGCCAAAAAAACCCGGGAUAAAACCCGUUGGGUUUG